UCCCGUUCAAACCUUCCCGAUCCGGAACACGACAGCGAGGGAGCGCGAACGGCGGGAUUCGUCGUGUUUGCAGACCGCCGUUCGGAGCUCAGGCCGGGGGCUUUCACCGGCGCUUUCCCUCACGGGUGGGAACAUGUGUGAAAAGAGCAGAAGGGUGAACAGGUGGCUGGGGUCGGUUUUCGGCGAGCAGGCGGUGCCAGAGUUUGAAGUGAGCGCACGCACCAUGGAGCUUCUGGACCAGCUCGUGCAGAUCAGUGAGGCAAGGUGUGAGGAGGUCAAUCUCCUCAUAGAUGACCACAGGCAGAAAGCUUCUGAGUACAGCAGUGACGGUGCCCACCUACAGGAACUGCUUCAUCAGAGUGUUGGGCUGCAAGCUGGAAGUGUUUCGAAACCCACUUUAGACCUUCUGAGUGUGUUAGAAGGCACUGCUGAGGCACUGGCAGUUAAAGACACAUCCAUAGGGAGUUUUGUCCCUGCAGUUAAUAAACUCACCAAUGACCUGGCCGAGGCAGAGAAGACUGACCGGACGUUGGGUCGGGAGCUCUCAGCUGUGAGGAAGAAAAUGACUGCCGCGAUAAUACUGCGGAAAAAAUUGGAAGAGGACCUCAGGAAGACCACGCAGGCCCAGCAGGUGGAGGCAGCUACAGCAGAGGAGAGACUGCUCAACAUGGACUUCAUGAAGAAUAAAUCCAGAGACCUCACAUACAGGAACAAGAUCGCACAGGACAAACUGGCGUCUAGACAGAUGGAGGACUCUCUUACCCAUCAAGCCAUCGUGCAGCUUUCAGAAAAAACCACAGCACUGAAGCAGGAGAUUGUACCACUGAUGAAGAAGUUGGAGCCCUACAGUGACCUGAGCCCUAGUCCUGCCCUGGCUCGGGUUAAAAUUGAAGAGGCAAAGAGGGAGCUGGCAGCCCUCGAUGCUGACCUGGAGCAGAAGGUGGACUUGAUGAACUCGUUAUCUACAUAACCUGUAGAGAUGAGACGCUUUCCGGCCAUUGAUGUAGAUACUGAGCUAAUUUUGUACCAACGUUCUGCUUUUCUCAUACACUCGCUGGCCACUUUGUUGGAUACACCUGCCUUAUAUCAACACCCAGUGGUUCCCAACCCAGUUCGCUCCCUAUGUUCCUUGUGUUGAAGCGAAUAGUGUGGACGGUCUGGAGGAGGGGCCUGACGACUGGACUGAGAACCACUGUUCUGUUUGAACAGCUCCCCUUACAGUAUAAGUGGACUUUGUAGUUCUACAGUUACAGACUGUAGUCCAUCUGUUUCUCCGAUACUCUGUUUUCUGUUCGUAUCUGUUCUUUAUUAAAACGCUUUGUUAAAACUGA